AUGUCUUUCCUAUUUGGCGGUGCCCCCAAGAUGACCUCGGAGCAGAAGAUUGCUGCCGCAGAGACUGAGGUGGAGAUGAUUUCAGACAUGUUCAACCGGUUAACCGAAUCCUGCACAAAGAAAUGCAUUCCCGCCGACUACCGCGAAGGUGAGCUCAACAAGGGCGAAUCCGUUUGCCUUGACCGCUGUGUCGCCAAAUUCUUCGAGGUCAACAUCAAAGUCAGUGAGAAGAUGCAAGGCGAGGCCGCUGGCAAGCAGAGCGGUGGUAUGGGAUUCAUGUAA